UGUUCGAAUUCGCGGUAACCGAGAACGUUGUCCUCAAAUUAUCUGCCAUACUGUGAACGACGCGAUGAUAGCUACGAAGAUAGAACUCGGCGGAAGUUACGCUAUAUCCGCACCAUCGCUAUUACUGCUACUGCUACUUCUGCUGCCGCCGUUGAAGGGCAUCGGUAGUGGCGGCGUGCUCAGUUUAGAAGAAGAGAGCGGCCUGAUGAUGGACGGAAUUCCGGCCGAGCAUCGGGAUAGGUUGGAGUUGUUGACCACGGUGCUGGCUAUGGAUACGGAAUGGUCGGCUGUCUGGAGCGAAACGCUUAAACCGGAUGUGGUUGAAGACGCAGGUCUGGUUAAAGAGUUCUGUCCAUCACUCCCYGAGAUCAAAGGAAAUAUUAACGCGAUCGAUUUCGUGAAAAACGUCAUGACGCACUGCUCUCACUCGGGCAUGUACGUGGAGUUCGCUGUCUAUAUAGUGGCCGUUUCAGCCCAGUGCCUGUUCAGCAGACACGCUAAGCUCCAGCUAGAUGCCAUACAGUCUAUACCCCACUCUGCUAUAAAUGAGUACGCCUUGCACCUCAAAGGCCUGGAGGAAGAUUUUCAGAUAAUCGCCAAUCUGCUGGCCACCUUCGACGCGGAUCUAGUUCCUCUGAUCGCAGUGGCCAAGUUUUUCAGUGAGGUACGAACGAAGUGGGUCACUUACGGUGAGGAAAACAAAAAAUCGAAAAUGUACCAGAAUGAAAUCAAACGUAAGGCCUUUAAACUAAGUGAUUAUCUGGAUACGAAAAACGAUUAUUGUGCCGAGUACCCAACACAUUGGUAUGACCAGSAUAAAAAAAAUAUCGUGACACUUAACGUGGCGGAUAUAGAACGUUCACCUGAAUCGGAUGGUUCAUCGACGUCCACUACAGAAGGGUCUACACUUCCAAAGCAACUGGUAGUAAGGAAAGCCCACCAGUUGCGAAUGUUAUUUCUAGAAGAAUUCAAAAAACUUCUCCUAGGAAAAUUACCACCGAAUGUUUGGAAACUGAUGUUCGAAAAUAACAUUCUCGUGAGACCAAUCGAAACGAAAAUGCCGAAAGGGCUUAUUUCAAAAUUAAACGACAAUUUAAAGAAAAUUGGCAAUAAAUUUAGGAGAAAAUAAUUAUAGUAUUAAUGUAAUC